GCACACAGUCGCAAGUCGUCGUCGUCGGGAAAAUAAUGUGCGGAGAAUUGUGGAGGAAUUUCCGUGAAAAUACUCAGUAAAUGGACCCCGGUGGCGACGAUGAUCGGUGCCAGAGGUCACAGAGUCCGGACUCGAGUGUGGUGUUGGAUGUGAAUCCGCCGCGGCAGCGAGAUAACGAGUCGCUGGACUCUGAACGGCUGUUCUGGUCCGGGAGGCUGAAGCCGGACAGUGGGGCGAUCACUGCCAGGGAUCUCAACGCCAUGUCCGUGGCCAGCCUGUACGACCGUGAGGACGAGGACACCAAGGAGAUGGAGACGGGGAACGAUUGUGAGCUGGAUGAGAGAAGAUUGCGCCACAGACUCUUGGCCAGAGUGGAAGAGGACAGCGACAAGAUAACCAGCGACGAUGACGCAACGCCUGAGAAAGUUGACAUGACCAAAGACACAUCAACAGACUGUGAUUGCCCGCGGAAUCCCUUCGACAACAAGAAGGCCGCCAGCGAGAGCCUGUAUUUCGCCGAUGGCAGACGCUCAGUGGACUUCGUGCUAGUGUGGAAGAGCUCGAGUCCUGAGGUGGCCGCAGUGGAGGAGCAGAGGCUGAAGAAGCGAACGAUCUUCGAGGAGAAUCUCGUAAAUGAUGGUCUGGAACUUGAGAUGGAGUCCGUGGAGGAUGAGCUGUUCUUCACGAAAAUCCACGCGCCAGUGGAGGUGCUGAGGAGAUACAGCGAGAUCCUGAAGCUGCGAAUGCCCAUGAGAGAAAUUCCUGGACUAACAGAAAUGAUCAAGAAAUCGUCUCAGCCUUCCUUUCUGAACCAACUCAAUGGUUUGUGGGGGUCAUUUGUGAAGAGCUUCCUGGUUGACGAAACACACUUCCCGCCAAUUUCCCAUCGAUUCACUGCCGUCUACAGCAGAGACAAAGAGUAUCUAUUUGAUGUGCAGCAACCGUGUUUCUUCUCAGCCGCCGUGAGAUCGAGAAUCGUGCAGUUCAUUCUGGACAGAAAACGCUUCACCACCGAAGAGGCUGAUGACUAUGCCUUUGGCAUUGAUCGCCUGAUAUCUGAUGAGGUUUACAUUGCCGCUUACCCGCUUCACGACGGAGAAGUUAAUGUUCCCGGAAGCACGAGGCACUUACUGUACACAGAAUGGGCCGCCGUGUCGAAGUGGUAUCGAUAUCAGCCUCUGGACUACAUCAAGGAGUACUUCGGCGUGAAGAUUGGCCUGUACUUUGCUUGGUUGGGAUUCUACACGUACAUGUUGUUGCUGGCGUCAAUUGUGGGAGUCGCCUGCUUCAUCUACUCAUGGCGUACAAUGGACAGUUACCAGGUGAGCCGCGAUAUUUGUGGCAGCAGCAUGGAUGUGAAGAUGUGUCCACUCUGUGACCAUUGGUGCGAUUAUUGGGACCUCAAGGAGACUUGUCUCCACGCCAGAGUUACAUAUCUCUUCGACAAUCCCACCACGGUGUUCUUUGCCAUCUUCAUGUCCUUCUGGGCGACGCUGUUCCUCGAAUUGUGGAAGAGGUACUCAGCCGAAAUCACGCACAGGUGGGACUUGACGGGAUUUGACAUCCAUGAGGAGCAUCCAAGGCCGCAAUACCUCGCCAGACUGAAUCACGUGAGACGCCGAACAGUGAAUGUUGUGACGAAUCAAAUGGAGCCUCAAGUGCCUUUCUGGCGAGUGAAACUCCCCGCCACGAUCCUCAGCUUCUCCAUUGUGAUGCUUCUCGUCGCACUGGCAGUCGCCGCUGUUCUGGCUGUGGUGCUCUACAGGAUGUCAGUGCUCGCGGCUCUCAGCGUCUACGGCGACAGUGUGACAAAUUCCGGAGCUAUUCUCUUCACCACUGCCACAGCGGCGAGCAUCAAUCUCUGUCUGAUCAUCCUAUUCAACUGGAUGUACACAUUUGUGGCGGAAUAUCUCACCGAGCUGGAAUUAUUGAGGACACAGACGGAGUUUGAUGACUCACUGACGCUCAAAAUCUAUUUGCUCCAAUUUGUCAACUAUUACGCUUCUAUCUUUUACAUCGCUUUCUUCAAGGGGAAGUUUAUCGGCUAUCCAGGAGACUACAAUAGGUUCUUCAACUUUCGCCAGGAAGAGUGUGGCUUUGGAGGAUGCUUGAUGGAGCUCUGCAUUCAGCUGGCCAUAAUAAUGGUGGGAAAGCAGACGAUGAAUAGUAUCCUGGAGAUGCUUCUGCCACAAUUCUAUCGCUGGCUCAACGUCCUUAAGGUUUCGGGAUCCAAACUCAAGAGUGGGUGGUCGAUGAAAGGAGGAGCGAAGCGAUGGCUGAGAGAUCUGAAGCUGGUUCAAUGGGGAUCUAGAAGUCUCUUCCCUGAGUACCUCGAGAUGGUUCUGCAGUACGGUUUUGCCACGAUUUUCGUGGCCGCCUUUCCGCUGGCACCCUUCUUCGCCCUGAUCAACAACGUCCUGGAGAUGAGACUGGAUGCCAAGAAGCUCCUGACUUACCACCGUCGUCCUGUGUCUCAGAGAGUGAGAGACAUUGGCAUUUGGUACAGAAUCCUCGACUGUAUUGGGAAGCUGAGCGUCAUCACGAAUGGCUUCAUCAUCGCAUUUACAUCGGACUUCAUCCCCAGACUUGUGUACCAAGUGGUAGUGUCUCCGGAUGGGUCCUUGGGAGGUUACAUGAAUUAUUCUCUAGCGUACUUCGACACACGACAUUUGCAGGCGGGAAGCGAACCGCAAAUGACAGAAUACAACGUGACAAUCUGCCGGUAUCCUGACUAUCGCGAGCCUCCGUGGUCAUCGAAGCGCUACGAGAAGACGUCCAUGUAUUGGCACAUCCUGGCCGCGAGGUUGGCUUUUGUGGUGGUGUUUGAAAACAUCGUGGCUCUGGUGAUGAUUCUCGUGCGCUGGUGCAUCCCAGACAUGCCGUGCGAACUCAGGGAUCAGAUUCGCCGCGAGGCGUACAUCACUAAUGAGAUCAUCAUCAAACAAGAGACGAUUCGCGCGAGGAAUGAGAAGUGUUGCGACGUCAACGCGCCAAGAGCCACCUUUAGAGACUCAAAUCCGUCGGCUAAUUUUAUCAAGAUGGAGCAAAUUGAGCAGCUGAUGAAUACUAAGCUAUCAGCGGCUCAACUGGAUUUGGUUAUUCACGGGCCAGACAAUCCUGUCGCUCCGGGAUACGUGAGAUCAUCACAAAAGAGAGAGGAAAGCAUUGAACCGGUGUCACUUUAGUAAUUGAUAUACUCAUUGCUCUUUAGUUAGGCUUAUACAAGGGUUUUCCCACUUCAUUAAUUUAAUCAUUUAUUUUGUGAUUUUGCGUUGUGAAGAAGCUUCAUCCUUAAGAGACUGAAGUGAAGAAAUCGAAUAUUUUUACCUCAAUUUGCUGAUUGUGUUUUUUCUCCAAUUUAGUGCAAUCGAAGAAUCUCCUAUUUUGCACAGAGAAUUUAAAGCUAGCUUUAAUGUCAAAUGAAUCGUAAAGUAAAUGUUUAUUUUUGCCGGCUGUUCUAAUCUCCGGGGACUUUUUUUGAAUCUCUGUGUUUAUUGUGAAGGCAAAAAUGUUAUCCAUGAUCAAAUGAAGACAUAAAAUAAUUGUAUAGAGAAUAAGGAUAGGAAAUGUGUGGAGGAAUAUUGUGCCUAUUGAGAAUGUCUAAAUUUAUCGAAUGUGUUACUAUUAAAGUAUGGUUAUUCCUCCUGACUCUGUUCAUGUUUAUUUAUCUUACGUAAUAUUUGGUGUUGUGUUUUGUUUAACAUAUGAAAAUAUUCGCCAAAGAAAAUUGUGAAAUUUAACCUUAAGGACAAGUAAUUCUCACUUCAUUGAACUCUAGUGCAUAUAUUUUACGAAAUGUUAUUCAUAUAAAUUUGUGUAGUACUUUUUAUUAAAUUUGUGAAGAA